UCAGUACUGAAGACCAGGAAGGAAGCAGAGAAGUUUUUCAUCUUGGUAGGUUUCCCUCAUUCCAAAGCAGACUGCAGGGUGAGUAAUCCUGGAAAAGCAGACACAGGCAUUAUGAAAAACCUACGUCUCAGAGUCGUUACCAUGGUUAUAGGUCUUUAUUUUACUGACACAAUGACAAACCCAUCAAGAAAAAGUAUUUUAUUCAAUUCCGAGUGCCAAUGGAACGGAUAUCUUCUGACAAAUUGUUCUUUUGCUGGAAAGCAUGAAAUACCUGUGGACAUAUCACAGAUGGCAGCCAUAGUGGAUGUAAGUUCCAGUUUCUUUAGGGUUCUCUUACAAACUCACAUGAAAAAAGAAGAAUGGAAUAUAAGACACCUGGACCUCAGUAACAAUCUCAUAUCGAAAAUAACCUUAAGCUCUCUUGCACAUUUUCGUGCUUUGGAAAUAUUAAACCUCAGCAACAACGCUAUUCGCUCCGUGUCAUUGGAUCUACUCAGUUUCAAGUCCUUGUGGGUGAAACGCCAGAGAGGCAGCUUGAGAAAUGGGCUUCCAUUUCUAAAGUUGCUCAUUCUUCAAAGAAAUAAACUCAGUGACAUUCCCAAGGGGCUGUGGAAACUGAAGUCAUUACAGAGUUUGGAUCUGUCAUUCAAUGGGAUAACGCAAAUUGGUUUGUCUGAUUUUCAUAACUGCCUGCAACUAGAAAGCCUCCAUUUAAAGAGCAACAAGAUAUUCAGAAUUCAUCCAGAAGCCUUCAAGGACCUAAAAAAAUUACAGCAGUUUGUAGACCUCAGCAACAAUGCUCUGACCGCCAUUCUGCCGAUGAUGAUCGUGGCUCUGGAACUUCCCCACCUGGAGGCUGACUUGGCUGUUAACCAGUGGCAGUGUGACUAUAGCGUGGAAGUCUUCCAAAAUGUUAUUUCUGAAUCCUGGAGAAAAAAGUGGAAUGCAAUUUGCAACAAGUCUAUUGGGAAGGAGGAGGCAUACUGGUGGACGCCCACAAGGCGCGUGUCCAGAGAGACCCACCUUCCUCGCACUAAUCUGAAUCAUACGAGAAGCCUCGCGACAAGCACAGCUGAGAGGCCCUGGGAAGUGCGCUUUUCCACCCUGCGCAAGAAGGACCCUGCGGGCUCUGACACCAGUGACGGGGAGAGGCGGCUGCCAGGAAGGGUUAGGAGCACCGGGGAUGUGCAAGCUGCUGGCAGAAGGGAGGACGCUUCCCAGGACCUGGUCCUGGCCGUCUGUCUGUCAGUGUCCAUCACGUUCUUCGUGGCUUUCUGCCUGGGGGCUUUUGCGAGGCCUUAUGUGGACAGACUGUGGCAACAGAGAUGCCGGAAAAAAAGUCCAGGUUCAGGGAACGUGUAUUCAAACCAGGGCUUCUAUGAUGAGAUCAAAGCUGUAGGGAACAUGGAGCGGCCAAGGAUGGAUCUGCGCCAAACUUGCCACGAUCCAAACCUCUGUGAGAACCAAGCCCCACCCGCGGCUGUCACUCCUGCGAGAACGCUGGCGCCGAGCAGAAAGGAGGCUGGCGGCGGGCAGGGCGGAGAACGAUGCGGGGACCACACCGGGGCAGGAAGCGGGAAGGAUAACGCGCUCCCAAAUCACGGUGCAGCCCGGCCCGUUCUCCGCGGAUGGCCGAAUGCUGAUGACACCCAACUAAUGCCGGCGGGACAGGACUGCAUCUACAGGUAUGAUAUUCCUGGAGAAGUAAAUUAUGACACUGUGGCCGGGGAAGCUUCCCUCGGUGAGCGAUCAGUGGGCAUCCCUGCCGUGGCUGCCAGGUUACAGACAAGCCCUGGCUCAAUCUGUGAGGAUUCCAACGAAUUAGGCCCACCCAUCCCCAGGGAAAUGACCACGCCUCUCUCCCAAGUGGUGGCUCGUACGAAAGCUCUGAGGACUGGAGAGAAGGAGGGGAGAGGGGGCAGUCCACACUUCCCUUCGGAGUUUUCUAAGGAGAAUGUGCUAAGCGCACAGCAGCAAAGGCUCGAGGGCGCCGGUGACGAGGAAGAGCCCCUCGCCCACUACGGAGCGGCCACGCUCAGUGACCCAGGAGCCACGGACCCGUCCCCACCCGUCUUCACUCCGGGGUGGGGUCAUGACCUGCAUGUGACUCCUGCUAGCAAGGAACUAGCACAAAAGGACACGCCUGACGCUCAGUGCGAGCUGGACACCGAUUCUGACGAAGGGUCUUUAUUUACUCUAAGUUCAACAAGUUCGGAAGACUGGAGAAGUGUGGCUGAAGCAGAGGCACAUGGUGAGGAAAACUGCGGAGCCAACGAGCCCCUGGGGGAUGAGGACUCGGGGGAGAGGAGGGACAAUGUCGUGUCAUUAGAGAGUCUUGAGGACAGCAUCGCCUUCCCGAAGAUUCUGGGGAAAUGUGAGAAUCAGGAACAUCAUUCUGGAAAAACUCUCACUUCUGAUCCAGACUACGGUUUGGACGCGACUCAUCCGGAAAGUGGCUCUAACACCAAUAAAGUUGAGGAUCCGUUGACCUUGCCCAGGUCACCGGGCAACAGUCCUUGCAGUGAUGAGAUCCCAGGCAUGUCCAUUGACGACUAUGUCACAGCUCUUCAAUCCAAGGCAGCAGAGUGGCAAUGCUCACUCAGAGACUUGGAGUUUUCAAAUGUAGAUGUUUUACCACAAACGCCAACAUGUUCUGCUGAAGUCCCCUCAGAUCCUGAUGAGAGUGCCUGUGGUGAAGGAGAUGCAGACAUUUGUAAAUAUGAACCUUACGUUCAGGGAGUAGACACAGCUCAAAGCAAUAUUCCUUCCAAGAUCGCUGUGGGGAAAAACUUAAGACCCUCACGACAAGUUUCUGAAGAGGACAACAUGAAUGGGCACUGAUGAGGGGUUCGUGUGUCCUCGUGAGGACAGUGAUUCCAGAAAGGUUAUAAGCCAAACACAGUUAUUACACUCCUCUGGUGACGAACCAGAUCUUCAGUGUGAAAGGGGGUUGGGUGGUGGGAGGGGUAUUUUGAAGAUGGUGUCAAGAGCCAGGUACCACUAUUACAGAUGCUUCCAAAUGAAACCAGUUCACUAAGAACACGGGAGCACUUCAGUGACAGAGACUGGGUUCAACAUUCAGAGCCGAAUCAGUGAAUUUGAUUCUCUAAAUUCUUCCCUAUGUUUAGUUAAUUCUAAUAUAAAACUACCAUUCACAAGACAUAGAUCAUUUAGGUAGGAAAGCACUGAGAUAUUUGAACAUCAAAGGUUCCAAUUAAUAAAUUUUACAUUAAAACUUAACACUGAUGAUGUUGCAGUUAGGAAAAGAUGAUUCUAAUUUUUAUACUCAAAUGCAGACCCAGAGAAACCUGAUGGUUGUUGGCCGUCUAUAAGCAUGUUCAAGUCCCUUCAACAUUCACAUUGAAGAACGGAAACACCACCCUGCUGCUCCCUCAGAAUACCACCUUCUUUUCUCCUUUAUAGCUAGGCUUCUCCAAGGAAUAGUCAGCAACUGUCUGUUGACACACCAGCACACCGUGGUCAGGUUUCAGCUCACCGUUCCUUUAACCCAUGCCAGUAGAGGUCACCAACAACCUCCCAUGGGACAUGCAUGGACUCUUCGGUCUCAUCAGGUAAAACCUCUGCAGCUUUGGACACUGUCGGCCACUCCCAACUUGACAUUCUUUCUCCGUAGUUUUGUGACACAACUCUGUAAAGGUGAGGAUCCCAGCAGGACCCAGACGGCAAGAAACAGGGAUGACUAGAGAGAGUUUAGUGAAAGAACCAUUUGGAAAGAACCGGACAGGAUGAAGGGAAAUUAGUAAGGGAAGGUGAAGGACCUAAAGGCUAGUAAUAAACAGGGGGAAGCCUUUCCCACACUUGGGCCUGAAGAGACAAGGGGAAUUGCAGCUACGGGUGCACAGCAGGAGCUGUGGCCUCUGGUAGAGGAACACAGCCACCAGGAAUCCAUUGUCCAGUAGGAGGAAGCCACGAGAAUCACCACCUGAACUCUCUCUUCACCCUCCAGCCUCCCAGGGGCUGACCUCUGCAAGCCAGAGGGCAGUCCACAGCGGUCAGCCUUCCAGGCCACAGAGCAGGACAGAGAGGGGGAGAAAGUCAAUUUGGAGAAGAGAUUUGGGCAAACAGGGACCAUACAGCACGUACUUGCUUUUGAUUCUUCUACGAUUCUGGUCACUCUCAGGUUCCUUCUACCUCCUCUUUCUGUGUUUGCCUGGUAAAUAUCUACGUUUCCCAGGGUUUGGUCCCGGACCUCCUUGUCUUCUCACUCAACGUCCUUUCCCCAUGUGAGGUGUCACUUGUCAUGGCUUUUCCACCAUCACCUAAUUGCUGCUGUUUCCUGCUUCCGUAUCUCCAGCUCUGAGAUCUUUCUGGAGCUUUACACUCACCUCCAGCUCCCUGUUGGAUAUCCCCGUGGGCACUUCUAACCAAGCAAUGCCUAUGCCUACAGUGCAACUCAGCAGCAACCCCUAAUCCUCUCCAUCUACCCAGUCUGAUCCCCCGAGUUCCAUUUCACUAUCUGCUCCAUCCAGAAACCCAGGAGCCUUCCUCUCUUCACUGCCCACAUCUAAUUAUUGGCCACUGAGUGCAGCCACUUCUGGCCCCUCAACAUCUGUCAAGUCCAUUCCAUCCUCUCGGUCCACACAGCCCCAGCUUCAGCUCUCACCUCGACACUCCCCCCAGAUCUGUGACGACAACACACCAACUGGUUUCUUUACCUCCAGUCCUACGUGCCUUUAUUAGCCCCAAGCUACAGCCAGGGGGGUGGUUCCUAAAACCCAAGUAUGGUCACGUGGCUCCCCUGAGUAGGGUCUACAUGGCUGCAGGCUUUUCUGUUUUUCUAGACACCGCGUAACUCCCUGUCUCCAGACCUUUGCCCACUUCACAUCUGCCUGAAAUGCUCUUCACAACCCCACCCAACAAGCCCCCCUUUAGCUCAGUAGAUCCCACCUGGGUCCCAGCCUUAACUGUCACUUCCUCACGGAAACCUUCCCAGACCCCCUAGACUAAGUUAGACUUCCCUGUUGCAAACUCUUUCCUUACACAGGCAUUGUCCUUCUCAGAGGAGAGCUUAUCCAAGCAAGGUUAAAUAAUUGCUUGUGUGAUUAUUGAUCUAAUGUCUGUCUGUCCCUUCUGUACCCCUACUUCUGUGAGAGCAACAACAACAAAAAUGUGUCUUGUCUCCUAAAGGCCUGGCAUUUAUUAGGUUCUCGAUAGAUGGAUUUAUUCAAUAAAUGAAUGAAAACAAACUCUUUAGUGUGAUACACAAGGAUGUCGGUGACCCGGCCCAGCUUUCCAUUCAACUUUCCAUGUGGCAUUUAUCUCUCUGUGCCCUACCUCCUUCCUGAAAGCCACAGUUACAGACACACCAGACUAUGUCACCCCACCACGCCUUGCCCACCUGCUCCCCACAUCUGGGGGCACAUCUGGCCUCUCUGCUAAGCCCUGCCUCAUCUGCCUGGCAAAUAUCUCUGCUGUUUUCGAGACACUGUUUAAGGUCACCUCCUCCAUGAGCCUUUCUUGGCUUAUUCCUCCCAAGUAGAACAGACCACUUCCUUCCUUCCUUCGGCCCCCACUGCACUGCUGUGCAUUCUGGAGAAAGCAAAGUUUCACGUGGUUUGAUUGAGAUCUACUAGAGACUCUUCUAUGGGCCAACAUCCAACUUCUGGGUGAAGUUCAGUGCCCGCAUAGAGUCUACGAAGCCGAAAUAUCAUCUCAGAGUUAGCAGUUACUUUAUACAGUGAAAAAUGACUAUUUCAGCAGCACUGAGAAAAAAGUAUAUACAGUUUUGACUAUUUUUGUUUGUUUUUGUUCAUACUUCCAAAACAAAAGCUUCUGGUAAUGUGGCAUAAACAUCACAGGCAUUGCAGUUUAGUAGCUCUGUGUCUCAGCAAGCACUGGUAAAAACAAAACUUUAGAACCCCUCUCACUACGCCUUGCUGUAGGCUUGGCUAACACGGCUUGAUGGGAGUGAGAUUUGAGGCCUGCUACUUCCAGAUUUCCAAAAUGUCUCACCUUUGGGGUCUGCCCCCAAAUUGACUCAGACUUUAAACUACCUAAGUUCCAUAGAUCUCCUUUACCCCAAUUUCCCCCUCUGUUGUAGUUUCACUUAUUUGGAUUAUGUCUCUAGUUCUAUUUUUACACAAAUGACCUUUGAAACAUCACACUUUUCAUUAAGAUAAGUCUUUUUGCAUUUCUUUAGCAGAGUAACUCAAUUUUUUAUCAGCCUAACAAUUCCAUAAUAGCAUAUUUUCAUCUAAGAAACAUUCAAAAAAUCCCUGGCAUAAUUUACCUUUACAUGUUGCUAAAACUAUUAAAUACAACUUAGACUAAUGGCUGCAAACCCAACGUAUGAAACAUUAAAAUCUUUUCUUUUUUGAAGAGCAACUAGUGCCACAUUUAAUUGUCUUUUUAAUGUUAUCUUCUACCCUUCAGGUUCAAUAAAGUCAGUUUUGGUUCAUGUUGACAAAAUUUUCCCCUAACCCUCUAGAAUGGUUCAAUGUGUAAGGCCUCAGGCCUCUCCCUCACUCCUCAGGAAAGAUUCAUCCAGUUCUUUUCAGUGGCCAUGCAGGGCAAAGGAGAAAAUCCAGGGAGUAACAACCAGGAAUAACCGCUAGAACCACCAAAUGGCAAAUAAAUGCAAGCUAAGAGAUAUCGCCAUAUUUCCAGUCUAUUUGAAAGACAAAAUCCAUUCAACUCAAAGCUACAAGUUUUCUUUGAAGUACCUUCAGACCCAAGGGAGAUGCAGGUGAGAGGGGAAGAAGGGGUUCCUAUAGCCUGUGAAUUUCACUAGUGCUUUAUACUAGAUUACUAUGUCAUCAAAUAAAGUAAGUGGCAGGCCACAGACUUAACAGCAGGAGGGCUCACGAGCCUAUCCACUAAUAAGUAAAGGGGAGAGAGUGCCAUCUUUCUGUCGCCUGAAAAAUCUUAUAUUCAUGAGAACUUGAGGGCAAGAACUGUGGCUAUCUGAACAUGGUUUCUGCAUAAACUUCAGCCAGUUUAUAUUUUUCAAAUGUUCUACUGCUAUCUGAAAAUUCUAGGUGAUGUGGGCAAUGAAAGUGUUAAUGAGUUUUAAGGCUCUGUGGACUCUAUAAUUUAACAUAUAACAAAUGUACUUCGGUUGCCAGAAUGAACAAGGACAUCCCGAACCUGGGCUAGAAAUCUUUUCAGUCUUUUGCCGACGAGUAUUUCGUCUGCCUUUGUGUGUCUGUGUAUCUGCAAUCCUGAGGCAAUUCGUACGCUUAAACAUAAUAACAUCUUUGCUCCUUUGAAUAAAUAUAACACGUUACUUGAAAA